GUCUUGUGCAUCCGGUUAAUGUGCGGGGUUAUCUAUGCCCAUGAACACAUGGUGUUGUGCUGUCGUGAUUAUGUGGUAGGUUUCCGAUUGUUUUCUUGCCCUUACUGGAUGAAAGUUGAUUACAUGUGUUUGUUCUGCCCCAACUGGAAAAACGUGGGGCAUAACAGUUGACACCUGUUUUAAUGGAUGUUUCUAACAAUGCUGUCAAGUGGCCAUUCUCCAAAGUCUGAAAAAGAUGUAUCAAAAUUCGGUAAAGACGUUGAUGAAGCACCUUCUGAAAAAGGAAUUACAUUUGAAAAUCUUUGCAAAGAAGAAGCAGGCGUGUUAUCUGCAUGUGCAUCAUCUGUUAAUUGGACGAAGACUGAAAUGCCAGAAACGCUUUCAAAACGACAACUAAAGAAACUAAGAAAGAAAGAAAAAUGGUUAGCAUACAAGCCUAUUAAAAGAGCCAAAGAAAAAUUGAAACUGAGACAGAAGAAAUUAGAUGCACGUCAAAAUAAUGUUAAGCUGGGACCAUCAAGGAAAGAGCUGAAACAUUCAAAAAUGUCACAGAGUAAUUGUAAAGUUCGUGUAGCAAUUGAUUUGUCUUUUGAUGACCUAAUGAAUGAUAAGGAAAUUAGUAAAUGUGUCAAGCAGCUGUUACGAUGUUACAGCCUUAAUCGAAGAGCCAAAGAUCCAGUGCAGUUCUAUAUUACAAGUUUUGAUGGAAGGUGUAAGGCAGAAAUGCAAAAGCACACCGGGUACCAGAACUGGGAUGUAUAUUUUCAUAAUGAGAGUUAUGCGGAUGUCUUCGAAUCCAAAGACUUGGUGUAUCUAACGAGCGAAUCACACAGUGUUAUUUCUUCGUUAGAAGCAGAUAAAGUUUAUGUUAUAGGAGGUCUUGUAGAUCACAAUUCUUAUAAGGGCUUAUGUCAUCAGAUUGCUGAAGAGAAAGGGAUACGUCAUGGUCAGUUGCCCAUUGGAGAAUUUCUGGAGAUGAAAACCAGAAAAGUUCUGACAAUUGACCAUGUGUUUGAAAUCAUCUUGGAAGUAACAAGAGGAAAGUCUUGGAAAGAAGCAUUACUCAAUGUCCUGCCGCCCAGAAAAGGAGCUGUUGAAAAGGUGGAAGAAUUUGAGACAUUUAGUACUUCUCAGUGCAUUGAGAAGAAACCCAUAAGCACUGUUCCAGAAACAGAUACAGAGUAAUGUAGACCCACAGUAAGUCAAUGUUGUUGUUAUGUUUACUUUGAUGUUUGCGACAACACGACUCUCGCUUGGCGUUGCCAGUUGUCUGAGAUGUAUUUGAUAUACAGGAUCUCAAUAAAGAACCUUUACAACUGA